AUGCCGCGUCCAAAGAACUGCUAUUGGAGCCACGCAGACAAGGGAAAAAUAUACUAUUCCGACCAGGAUAACCAAAAUGGGGCCAAGGGCAUAAGCACAAGGCAGGUGAAAAUCGUUGCCGACGUCCGUACAUGGCUUUGGCACCCCGCGCGACUCGCCCUAGAAGGCAUCAAGUUGUUAGUCGAGAUCAGUACACACAAUCUUGAGGGCGCUCGCCAGGCUUUGAACACGACAAUAACGGAGCUUAGCCAGGCGCAGAGUCGUGUGAAAACCCAGGAGGACGGGGUCAAACACCUCAGCAGCCUGACCACAGACCAAGCAACCCUGGGUGACGCACUGAUGAAAGAAUGCCGCCGUCUUCAAAAAGAGGUUGAGCAGACGGAAAAGAACCCUGCCAAGUCGGCCAACUUUGCCCUAGCCAAGGCAGAUUAUGCCACUGCCGUUUCUACUGAGGACCCUACGGACCCGUCGAUCCUGACUGGAAUUGUCGAUGAACUAGCCAAUCACGACGACAGCAAUGGUAGUGUUGGCAAGAUCAAAGCGGAGGAGCACCCAAACGGGCUAUUGGACUCUGUGCAGAAGAAGCUGCAGCAGGGUAUAGGACAGGACACUAUGAUGGCAGAGUCCUCCGGCAAGAACCCAGUCCGUGAGCUGCCGGUAGAAGCACGUCUGAAGCUGAUACGCUCCACGGUCGGUGCUCUAGUCAAGCCCCGGGGUCAGCCGGGCAGUAUGGAUAUAUCUGAUGUAGAGCGGGUGGAUCUGCUCUCUGGGCUGUCCGGCCUGUUUGUCCUCGGAAGUGUGAAGGCCUGA